AUUCAUUCUUGCAUCUCCAGCCUGACCCGCCUCCUGCGCAACACCAGCCACGGACAGGACCUCUUCCUACCAGGAAAUUAAUCAGAAUGGCAAACUCCAAGUACGAAUACGUCAAGUCCUUCGAGCAACCGGACCUCUUACUCCCCAACACAUGGAUUGUGGUCCGCAUCGAUGGCAGAGGCUUCCACAAACUUUCCGAUCGCUACGGCUUCAUCAAGCCCAACGACCGCCGGGCCCUGGACCUCAUGAACGCCGCCGCCGCCGAAGUCAUGAAGGAGCUCCCCGAUCUGUGCAUCGCGUACGGCGUCAGCGAUGAGUUCAGUUUCGCCUUCCACCCCAGCUGCCAGCUCUUCGAGCGGCGCAGUGCCAAGCUCGUAACAACUAUCGUAUCCACCUUCACGGGGUACUAUAUCUACCUCUGGGGGACGUAUUUUCCAGAUACGCCGCUGCAGCCGGGCGGUCUUCCCUCGUUUGACGGGAGAGCAGUCAUGUAUCCGAACUCGAGGAUUCUGAGAGAUUAUAUGAGUUGGAGGCAGGUGGAUUGCCAUAUUAAUAAUCUUUAUAACACGACGUUCUGGAUGAUGGUGUUGAAGGGUGGGAUGAGUAAUACCGAUGCGGAGCAGGAGUUGAAGGGCACUAUCUCGUCCGACAAGAAUGAGAUCCUUUUCAAGAGGUUCGGGAUCAACUACAACAAUGAGGAGGAUAUAUACAAGAAGGGCAGUGUGAUUUAUCGCCAGUAUCAAUUGGAGGACGUGAAGGCGGGCUCUAGCAAGGAACAAGAAGAGGAAGAAACAACGCCGCUGCAGGCAGGCAUCCCUUCGAAGUCACAGCAGGAGAAGAUCCGCAAACUGCGUCGGAAAGCGCAGGUGGUCGUCGACCAUGUCGAUAUCAUCAGGGAUGAGUUCUGGGAUAGACGGCCUUGGAUCCUCUCGGGGAAGCCUGGGAGGCUGCCUGCGGAGUCGAAGUAGGUAGAUACAGAUACUAGGCACCACUCUUCAUACCAGCUAGGAAGACCAUAACGAGUAAUGC